CGAUCAUCGGGCUGUUGGGCAAAAAAGAAGGACUCUCUUCGUGGAAAGUAAAAUCGUCGGGAAUAUAAAAAGAGGGGACGGAUUUAAAAAGGGAACAGGAUAAUUUUACAAUUGGAUCGAAGGGAAUAUAGUCGUUGCUCGUCGCUAGCUGCAUCUCGAGGAUCGGAAAGAUUCGCGAGAGGUGGCUGAAAAUUGGAAGAUCUCGCGGAUCUCUUCCAGUGGAUAAUUGGAUCGUCGGGGACUGUGAGUUUAAUCGGUUCGCUCGCUACGAAUCUUGCUACGAUCCUUUUUCGUCGUUUGGACGUCGUCCGGGCGGCUUUGACCGGCUUUCGCAAAUUGGCGAAACGAUCGGCGCGGCCGAUUAAGGAGGACGUGCGGAGAAUACCGGAUGCGAAUGGAAGGAUAGAAACUGGACGGAAUUGCGAGGACUAGUGACGCAUCGAUCGACGUUCGUUUGUUUGAUAAUCGGUGGUUCGGUUAAAUUAACUCUGACCACGUAGCGCGAACAUUGUGUUCGUUCCUUGGCGGCAAGCGCGAAGGAAACUUGCGAGGAAAUCCACGGGCAUAUUAAUUCCAUAUUAAUUCUACGUCGAUGGUUUGUCUUUGUCAACGAUAAAGUGAGUUCACGGACGAAGCGAGGGUUAAGAUCGGAGAAAAGUAAUGGAAAUAGAAAUAAUGGAUAAGUGAAAGAUAAUAAUCGAGUGGAGCUUGUCUUACGGAAUAGUAAUAAUAAUAACGACGAUGACGAUUAAUCACUGUGACCUAUAACCAUCGAAAGUUUUAUUUUGGAUGUGGCGGUUACAUCAUUCGCACAGUUGCAUCGUGGAUAGAGAAAAGUGUGUCGUUAUGCUUCCCCCUGCGCUCAAUGUAAACCCCUGUUUCGAUUAAUCGAGUGAGCGGCUAAGUUUCUUGAUACGCAGUGACAUAAAUAAGCGAUGACCAGUGAUCACGCGAACGCUCGUCAUUCUUUCGCUUCGCAGUUCCGUAGCAAGUAUCUCGCGAGUGACAGAGGAAACCGCCACGUGAUCUACAUGGAUCGACUCGGUGUACUGGUGCACCGCGGAAGAGCGAACAAUGGAUAUGAGAAGAGCAGAGGCUAAGUAGCAGGCUGCAGGUACAGGAACAGAGAGGGCGAAGCAACAGGAAAGAGGAAGCCGACCGAGCGUGGUGCGAAGAAGCAGCCGACAGAAAGUGUGUGAGAGAGGGUGAGAGAGGGAGAGAGAGAGAGAGGGGGUAUAGAAAACGCCGAGAACGACAAGACCGAAACGACGAGAACAGUCCUUUCUUUCGAACAGCUAAGCAAAAACAAAACGAAAGCAAGAGAAAUCUGCUGGAGGAAGGGAAAAAGAAGAAGAAGAAGAAGAAGAAGAAGGAGGCCAAUAAAGAGGUUACGAGACGUUUUCAUAAAAUUUCGAUAAGUUUCGAGCAAACAGCAGGUAGUCGAACAAAAAGAUGAAGGAGAGCAGCUUAUGGACAUUGGUUUGGGCAAUGAGUCUGGCAACGAGUCUGAGCCUCGCGCAAUCCAUCAACUGCCCCUCGCACGGUGAAAUCUCGCCCUGUUCCUGCACACUGAAAAAAUCCGGCUUGGACAUCGUAUGCGAGUACACGGACAUACUUCACAUCUCGGAGGUGAUGAGCAAGUUGAAAGGGAGGACGAACGCGGUGAUCUUUUAUCUGAGGCUCAGGCACAACAAUCUGCCGAAGCUGCAGCCGUAUGUGUUCCUCGGCCUCGACAUCCGCCAUUUGACCAUUCACAACAGCAGCCUGUCGAAGCUCGAGGAAUCGUCUCUGAGUUCCAUCGGGACUGGCCUGACGCAGCUGGACCUCUCGCAAAACGCUUUGCUCUCGGUGCCGUCUAGCGCUUUGAAGGAUCUUCAACAUCUACUUAUACUGAAUCUGAACCGCAACAAGAUCAAAAACAUCCAUAAAAAGGCUUUCGAAGGGCUCGACACCCUCGAGAUUCUUUCCCUGUACGAGAACGAGAUCUCCUACAUAGAAGAGGACGCGUUCACAGGAUUGCACAACCGAAAGCUGAGGAGAUUGAAUCUCGGAGGAAACAAUUUGACCAAAGUGCCGACGCCGGCGCUGCGCACUCUGGACAUGCUGAAGAAGUUGGAGAUGCAGGAGAACAGGAUCACGGCCAUUCAGGAAGGCGAUUUCGAAGGUCUGAAAAGCCUGGAUUCGUUAGGACUGGCGCACAAUCAGCUUCGUGAAGUGCCGGCCCGUGUGUUUGCCCAUUUGACGCAAUUAAACUCUUUGGAGCUGGACGGAAAUCAAAUUACACACGUGGAUCCGGAUGCGUUCAUCGGUCUCGAGGAGAACCUGCAAUAUCUGCGACUGGGCGAUAAUAAUUUACACUCGGUGCCGAGCGACGCGUUACGCCGUCUACAUCGAUUACGUCACCUCGAUUUAAAGGCCAAUAACAUUACCGUGCUCCCGGAGGACGCUUUCACCGGAUACGGUGACUCCAUUACGUUUCUCAACCUGCAGAAGAACCUAAUCAAGGUGUUGCCGCCCUUGGUUUUCGAAAAUUUGAAUUCCCUGGAAACGCUGAGUCUGCAGAACAACAAGCUCACGCACAUACAGGAGGAAGUGACUGAAAAUAUCGUGGACACCCUACGACACAUCGAUAUCACAGACAACCCUCUGAUCUGCAACUGCGAGCUACGAUGGUACACUGCUUGGCUGGGGAAUUUACGCGACAAGGACGACGAGAGGAUGUCGAGGAAGCGCACUGUGUGCACCAUGCCCAACGAACAUCGGGAGUACUCCGUUCAAAACAUACCGUUGGAGAGAAUGGGUUGCGUCGGUGAAAACGCUGGAAGAACCUCGUCGACUGGCAGCUGCGGCGUUUACAUCAAUAUGAUGCUAGAAAUAGCAACAGUGACCGUCGUUGCUAUGCUCUAACUGCGAUGUUCGAUGCCGUUAUGUCACGUUAUGUCCGGACAUCUCAGUUUCCCCUAGCGUAAAUUUAUUCCCCUGAUUCGCGAACGCGAAUGCUUGCUACCGGCGGCGUUAUCCUCGUUUGCUCCACUUUCGUUGGCCAGCGAAUUUAUCGUUCUUCUGUCGUCGUGCAAUCAUGCCACGGUCGCGGAGACGUGACACGAUUGAACGAUUUAUAGCUUAAUCCUUUAUGUAGUCUCACUUUCGACGAUUGCAAUUCUACCGCUGCGCAAUUCGAGUAAAUCUACUUAACGAGCAAGUGUAUCGAGAGCUGGUCGAAAGUCGUGGGAAAUGUUUGCGCGUGAUAUCGUAUCGUUGAGUCGUAAGGAAAUCGAAGACUUUUUUUUCUUUUUAAUGUUCUUUAUCUUAUCGAUACUUUUCCUUUUUAUCGUGCGAAAGACGAAGGGAAAAGAAAAGAACGUAUCGAGCACGAUGUCGUUCGAUCAGGAGUAGAACGAAACCGAAGAACGAUACGAUUGCGUAUAAUACAGCACCCGUGUACAUCUCAGUUGUCGCGUCCGACUGGUCGAAUUCCAAGGUCGAAAUCGUAGGUGUUCCAUCGGGAACGAAUGACGGUCAAAGAAUAUCUGAAACGGGGCAAGAGAGAACUCGAUCGCGACGUACGAUAACAGGGUGAAAAAGGAGCCCUCGAUGUCAUAAAUAAUUGUAAGAGCCUUUUUCAUCGAACGUUACAUAUCAAGAUCGUUGCCAAGUAUUUUAUGGAUGUCUGUUAAAGCUCGCAUGAACGCGAGACGCGUAGCAUAACUUGAUAGAAAAUUCGAAUGUCUAUAGUUUAGCCGUCACUCAUCCACGGACAUUCAUCUUAUACAUAUCAACGCGUUCCUUAAAUCAUUGGGACGAUGUCGUCGACAUUUCUUAAUGUUCGCACUUCGUACGUCACAAUCUCACGUAAUAGUGAUAUAGACGAUAGGUCGUCGAUCUCCAGUUUCUGUUGUUGCUGAAAGUUGCGAAAAUAUUGGUCAGAUAGCCUGACCGACGGUAUUUACGAUAAAUUAAUUUUUCCUAUUUUAUUCGACGUUUCUAUCUGAAGGUAUUUUGUUCCGGUUCGAAAAUUAUACGAAGUUACGUUACUUAAUUUAUUAUCUGGAUAUCGGUUCCACGUAUUUGCGUUAUUUCUGGAAGAAUCGCGAAUUUAUUACGUUACUCGGCCGAUAAAUAUUCGGUGGAAACCGAGUAAUCCGGUGAUCGAUAUUCAGGCGUGCUCUUUAGCCUGCAAUCUUUGCCGGUGAUAUCUUGAGAUCGUUCAGCUGCUUAACUCCAUUCACAAAGGACCGACCGGUCGAAAUGAAAUAACGACUGCUGAUGAAACGUAAUAUACUCAACAGGAAACCGACACUUGUCAAUUCUGGUAGAGCACGACCGCGAUCAUUCAAGUGGCUUGUCGCUUCUGUUUUGUAGGCUCUACUUGCGCUCUAGACGUCGACAUUUAUACGGCGCGUGAUAAAAUUACACCGUCUUUCAGCAACGCCGCGAGAUGAGACGGCAAAACGAUCGUAGUACGUACGUCGCAGUUACGCUUUUGCCGCACCAUCCUUCGUUUCAACUAGACGCUUUAAAUUCCCCUCCUUGUUAUAGCAACGCACGGAUUGUGACGUGCGAACACACCACGUAUGCUUGUAUUUCGAGUUGCGAAACGUGUUCGAAGUUCGUUCGAUACGCGCGGCAAACGUCAAAGAUAUCUGUAAUAUUUUUCGACGAACGCGGAAAAUUCGAUUGUUACGCGGAAACGAAGAAAGUAUAGAGACAAAUCCUGCACGUAAUUAUUAUAUUGUCGGAUUACAUUAAACGAUCUAGAGAUAUAUGUAUAUCAUAGGGGCGAGUUGAUUAAUCUGUUGCGAGUAUUUGUUGGUAAAACGGUAAACCAUCAUCGAACACCUUUCGUACACUGUAUACCGCGCGAUAUAAUUAUUAAUUAUCGAUAAUGCGUUCACAGAACGCAGAGUCAUAAAUAAGUUACACAUGGAAAGUACAUCGUGUUUUACUAUUCGAUAAAUAGAGUAAUAAAAAAGUAAUAAGAUUAAGGCAUUAAUAUUACGAAUAAUAUACUGCAUAUCGAAAUUAGGUUAAUGAUAAUAUUACGUCGUGACACGAACCGCUAUGAAACCUAAUGGAAAUCGAAGGAAAAUCACAAAAAUUUUCGUUUUUUUUUUCAAAUUUAUACAAUUUAUAGAAUUAUCGAUUGUCCUCGAAAUAGAUACUACGCAUGAUUUAAAACAUCGAUCUGAUCGAUUUUAUUUAAUUGAUAAAUCAAGUUUCUUUUUCAAAACUUUUUGAGUUAUACCGAAAGUAUCGGAGGGAUGACAAGAUAUUAAGAAAAUAUUUUUUCCUUCGAUCGAAAAAGGGAGAAGGUUCGUGCCAAUAUCACACAACACACACAUAUCAUUUAUACGCCCAAAAUUUUACCUGUAAAAUAAUGGUUAAUUAAGGCUUCACUGAUAUAAUCUCUAAAGAUCAUAUACAUAUCGUGAACGUGAGAUUUAAGAGAAUUUAUUUGUUAAUAUAUAUAUAAUAUAUGUACGUUACAUAUAUAUACACAUUAUUACGAUCAUCAAAGAUAUAUUAUAUACCUAUAUAUUAUAUAUAUAUACAUAUACGCAUUGGAUGUUUUUUCUAAGAAGUUUCAUCGAUAUAAAAAUACAAAAUUGUUAUUUACGUGCUGUCGUUACAAGUGAAUAAUCUCAUUACAGAUUAUUUCAGCCCAGUAUCUAUUUAAUGAUUGUCCAGUACUUUCUUCUCUGACGAAUUUUCUUUAUUAGUUGGGACUUGAAAGAAAUAUUAAGCUUCGUUUAAACGAUACGCCGAGUGGUAUUCUUUGCAGGCCCUACACAUAGCUUAGAAUCCUCAGGAGGCAUAUCGAAGAUACGUUUUCUUCAUAUCUUACUACUUUGAUGCCAAUUAUUCUGUUAAAAGAAAAAGAUUCGCUUGAACGACAGCACGUGAAUGAUUAUAAGUUGACGAAAAAUACCAGUAGAUACAGAAAUAAAGAGAAUAGUAACGUUAGCAUAGAUGCACUUAUCCAGUGAGGCAGGAGUUUAGAUCCCAAGAUUAAAGACUGAAUCGACGGGAAAGAAGUAGAAAAAUAUAUAAGUAUAUCCGUUUCCGCAUUGAUCCUAGCUUUCGUCGAGCAAUAUCGGUCUCUUGUUUCAUUUUAUCUAUCAACAGUACCUUAUAUAUUCGCGACUUUCUCAAAAACUUUUUACUAGAACUUGCUACAUGAUAUCGACGGAUCAUAGAUUUCUCCAUAAUUGUACUAUCUUCUUCAUUGACAUAUUAUCAAAAGAAAAACCAAGGGACUCCUGACUCACAUAGUGAAACAUAUCCCUUUAGGUGAUCGUAGAACGAUGAAACGGGCUAGUCGCUUGCGCGUAUUCGCGUCGGAGACACCCAAAGAACCAUGUCGAGACAUAUCUCUGAUGGCCGUAGGUUUUAGUCUCGCCGGCUGCGUUGUUAUUAUUACUAAUUAUUAUAAGCGGUAUUUUUGUACAGUGUCUUACAGUGAUGGAGUCGUUGCAGGCGCAGCCGACGAGCCGUUCACGGCAUAGCCAUAUUAUACAUAAUAUAAAUAUAUAUACAUACAUAUAUUUAUUUCAA